AUGGUGUGGUUAUGAGCUGAUUCUGAUCUGUCAAACUCGUGUCUUUGCACCUGCAGGUCAGCUGGGGGGUGUGUCCACGUGUUGCCAUGGAGACAACCUACAGGUGUGGUUCAUUCUUCCUGCUUCCUCCUCCUCCUCCUCCUCCUCUUCCUCCUCCUCCUCCUCCUCGUCCACCCAGGGAGCCGACAGGUCGGCCGUCAGACGAGAGCCGCAGCUCCCUCAGCAGCAUCUUCAUCGUGGUUUCCUCUUCAUCGGUGGUCCUCCUGGUGGCCUUCAACGUCGGCUACAAGGUGCUGAGGAGAGAACGUGACGGAACCGGAGGGAAUGGGCCAAACAACGGAGGGAACGACAACAACAACAACAACAACAAUAACAACAACGACCACGCUGAGUCCAACAGAACCACAGAACCGGCUCCGGCCCGCCUCCUGGUCUCCUGCUUCCACUAACCAGAACCAUCAGCUCCA